CCGGCCUGCACGGGAGGAGCGCGCGCCGGCCGGCACUCGGACCUCGGCUCGGCGACUCGGCGCGGCCGGUCACAGAACGGCCCGGCGGCGACCGUGCGGGUCAGCUGGGGUGCGGCCAGGUCACCGGCCUCGAACACAGUGCUGCGGGGUGGUCCCGGAUCGUCUGGGCGGCGGCCGCCCGCCGAGCGGCUGUGAGCGUGCCGCGGAGCCCGGCCGUGUGCGUGUGCGUGUGAGCGGCUGCCGCGCCCGGGAUGUACACCGGCGCCAUGUACGCGGGCCACUACCAGCCGCCGACGCCGUACAUGCCGGCCGGCGUGCAGCUGCCCAGCGAGUACAGCGCGGCGGCGGCGGCGGCCGCGGCCGGCCUGCAGCCGCCCGCCGGCGCACACAUCGACCCCAUGACCGGCGUCCAGCCCAAACGGCCCAGGUCGGACGAGGAGGACGGCACGCCCAAGUACGGCCGGAUGGACGACGACGGUGUUCAGGAGAAGGAGCGCUAUGCCAAUAACACGGGCUCCACGCCUGCCUCCAGGGAGAACCACUGCGAGAUCGAGCGACGCCGCCGCAACAAGAUGACGGCCUACAUCUCGGAGCUGUCCGACAUGGUGCCCACCUGCUCGGCGCUGGCCCGCAAGCCCGACAAACUCACCAUCCUGCGCAUGGCCGUCGCGCAUAUGAAGAACCUGAGAGGCACGGGCAACACCACCGCCGACGGCGCGUACAAGCCCUCGUUCCUGACCGACCAGGAGCUGAAGCACCUGAUCCUGGAGGCCGCCGACGGCUUUCUGUUCGUCGUGGCCUGCGACACGGGCAGCAUCAUCUACGUGUCUGACUCGGUGACGCCGGUACUGAACCAGAGCCAGGCCGACUGGUUCGGCGCCAACAUCUACGACCAGCUGCACCCGGAAGAUGUGGAAAAGGUUCGUGAACAGCUGAGCACCCAGGAUACGCAGGGUUCCGGUCGCAUCCUCGACCUGAAGACGGGCACCGUCAAAAAGGAGGGCCAUCAGUCCACCAUGCGACUCUGCAUGGGCUCGCGGCGCGGCUUCAUCACACGCAUGAAGAUCGGCAACGUGCAGCCGGACAACAUGAUGUCCGCCCACCUGAACCGGCUGCGCGGGCGCAACUCGCUCGGCGCCGCCACCGACGGCAACAACUACGCCGUGGUCCACUGCACGGGCUACAUCAAAAACUGGCCGCCCACCGACUUCCAAGGUAUCCAAAUGGAGCGCGUCGACGACGAGGUGAUGGGCAGCUCGCACUGCUGCAUGGUGGCCAUCGGCCGGCUGCAGAUCACAUCGGUACCGAGCGCCAGCGAGCUCACCAACGCCAACAACAGCAACGAGUUCGUCAGUCGUCACGGCAUGGACGGCAAGUUUUCGUUCGUGGACCAGCGCUGCCUGAACCUGGUGGGCUACUCUCCGCCAGAGCUGCUCGGAAAGCAGUGCUUCGACUUCAUCCACCCCGAGGAGCUGACCAACGUCAAGGAAAACUUCGAACAGGUGAUCAAGCUGAAGGGUCAGGUGAUGAGCAUCAUGUACCGGUUCCGCUCCAAGAGCCGCGAGUGGGUAUGGCUGCGCACCUCGGCUUUCGCCUUCCUCAACCCGUACACGGACGACAUCGAGUACAUCGUGUGCACCAACUCGGCCGUGAAGGCGGUGGGCAGCGGGGGAGGCGGCGGCGGCACUCCGGCCGCCUCGGCCGAGCCCGAGCACACGGCCGACCCGUACAGCCAGCCGCCCGGCCUCGACUACUCGAUGCAGCGCUACCAGCACAUGGCGCACGUGCAGCAGGCGCAGCGGCCCAGCAGCACGCACACCGCCUACAGCUACGACGCCACGCAGAGCCCGCUGGGCUACUCGCCGGUACCGGCGGCGGCCGGCGGCCGGCAGCUGCAGCAGCAGCAGCAGUACAGCCAGAUGUCGCCGGCGCGCUCCCCGGGCGGUGCCGCCAGCUACGUACCACCGCCGCGGCCGCCGCUCACCCCCGGCCAGUACCCGGCGUCCAGCGGCGCGGCCGGUGGCGGCCUCUGGUACCCCACCGAGGCGGCCGGGCCGGCGGCCGGCGGCGGCGGCGGCGCCGGCAGCCCGGCCGUGUCCGCAGCCGGAGCGGCAGCGGCCGCCGCCGCCGCAGCCGCAGCCGGCCAGCCGCAGCAGGAGAUCUCCGACAUGCUGCAGAUGCUCGACCAGCCGGCCGCCGGCUUCGAGGACCUCAACAUGUUCAACUCGACGUUCGAGUGAGCGUCGCCGUCUCGAAGGGGCCGCCGUCUCUGAGCGCACACCAAUGGACACAGUCGCGGCGGGCGCCGCCGGCCGCCGGGACCCGGCGCCGCCGAGCAGCCGGGUCACACAAAUAUCUCAUGCAUUUCAUGCUACUUAACUGAUAGACGUCUGCCACGUGAAGCGUUUUAGGUACUAACAAGUGUACGUGCGUGUGUGUGCGUGUGUUUUGUAUGAUGCAUUGUAUUGUGUGGCGAUGGCACCCAGGCCUGCCCAUGCCCGUAUGUCACAAAGUUGUGCGCGCGACCGUUAGACAAUUUGUACGGGCGCUGCAGGACCGAAUAUCGCGCAGCUAAUGUCACCUUUGGUCAGCGUUCCAAGCCGGUGCGUAUUUGAUAUACUGCACAUUUUCGUACGGAUCAUUGUACACGUACGGAUGAUUGUACAGCCCGUGCGAUUUGGCAGCCAAUGGUAACGGUGGACUUGAAUGAAUCUCAGCAGUGAACAAACGUGCGCUGUAGCUGUUAGACGAGCACUAUGUAAGCUUAAGGCGGUUCACAACUACAGCUUAAUUAUUCUUCGUCACGGUCUUUUUGGGCCUCUUAUAUUCUGUGUUGAAAUUCCGCAACCAAGUUGCCCUUAGUGCAUCAUAUGUUUUUGUUAUGUCUGCUCUGAAUAUUUAUCUAUUUUGCGACUAUUUUACUGCAUUCUCCCUUUACGACAUAAUAGUUGGCAUGUCACCCGUGGUGAGGUUUUUACGGUCGUUUCGACCGUGGCGUGUGCCUGCGAUGCAGGCGGUCUCCUCUUUGUACUGUAUUCCAUCCAGCCAUUUACCUAUCUCCUGACUGCUAAUAGAACAACGACAUGCCGAACAAAUGCGGUGAAAUGCUGAAUAUAUGCACGAUCUGUG